AACUUCUGAUUGGCUAAUGAGACAGGUUCGGAUCCUUUUGAUCGCGUGACAUCAUAUCAGUCUUCACUUUACUCCUCUUCUUGAGAAAAUGAACACCUAUGUCGCGGUCUUGUUGGUUGGUUCUUUCUGCCUUCUUCAAGCGGCCGUCGUGAAAAUCAAUGUAUGUGUACGCUUAGAGUUUCUCACGACAAACUCUAACAAUGAGCUUCCCAAAGCACCGCCUCCACUAACACUGAAAGUACGUAAUGGUACAAACACACAUAACAUUCUCCGACAAGCAGCCAAACUUGACUCGAGAUACGCAUUCACGACAAAGGCCUAUUCGUUUGGGAACAUGGUGACGUCCAUAUCUGGUGUGCACCAAGACCACACGAACAGCAAAUACUGGAUGAUCUACUCUGAUCCGAAUACCUUGACGCCUACAGGGAUUGACCACUAUCGUCCCAAAGAUGGAUCUUGUGUUAUCUUUAAGUAUGAGAAGCUUAGCCUGGUUUAGAGAGGCUCCAAACAUGUGACACAAUAAAGCCUAGGCAUAGAUUAAAAAGAAAACAGUAGUAAUGAUA